GGAGUGUGAACGGCGACUCGUUCCGGAGAAAGGCUACAAUGUAUGUGUGAAAGACGAAGGUGGGCGGGGACGGACGAAAUAUAUAGUACAGAUACUACAGGACGGCGGCGAGCCGGGUCUCGACGCGUGAAGGGGCGAAGGGCAAAGGGCGUGAUAUGUGGUGAGGAGAUCGUGAAAGAUAGAUGGUGGAACGAACACACCGAAUGAUACAACAAAACGAAGAGAAUAGGGAGUCACAGAAAUAAGAUAGUCAACUGGCGGCCUCGACGGUCCAUGUGAGUAGUAGUAGG